GGGAGAGCAGCUCUUUCUCGUCUCGAGAGUAGGUGUUUUCAUACAAUAGCCUGUCUGCUCAUUGUCUCAAAGAUGCCGGUUGUUAGAUGUGGAUAUUCUCUGUCAUUUUGGAUAUACACUCUACUUUUUGCUUCUCUACAACUUUGGGGAAGAAUAUUAGCCUCCACCGCCCCUUCAGCUGCCCCAGCACCCGUUCUUGAAGUCUCCUCCAGGUCCAGCGACUCAGUGGUCCUGAUCUGCCGGGCUCCAGCCGGCCACCUCGGGGUUCUCUUCAGUUUGUAUCGGGUCACAGAGCCGGUGGACUCUGUGAGGGAUGAGCACGGUGCUGUCAGCGCUCAGUUCACUGUCAGGGUGGAGAAACAAGGCUCUGUCCAACAAGAUCUGUACUGCUGUCUGUUCCAAACCUCAAGCGGCCUCUACAGCGCAGUCAGCCCAUAUCUAGUGCUUGAACACCAACAAGAUGCCGCCCCCACUCGCCCACCGCCAUCUUUCCCGCCUCCAGUCUUAUCUGUGGAGCCCUCUAGUGGCCAAGUAAAACGUGGCGAGAUGCUGUCCUUCCGCUGCUCUGUCUCCCUUCCCCAGCCCCAGUCCCAGCCCCGGUCCCGUCACAAUAACCCCAAACCAGCCUUCUUCAUUUUGCUGCGGACAGCUGAGGUGACUGGGGAAACAUCAAUGGUGGUCCACCCUCAGGCCAUGCAGGUCUCCAACUCCAAGGCCCAGCCAGGAGCCUUCAGCGUGGGGCCGGUCACAGGAGGAGAGGGGGGCUCCUACGCCUGCAUCUAUCAGAUCACCAGGAGAAGGACACUGAUCAAUUCAACUAUCAGCAACAUGGUUCACAUCAGCAUCACAGACCUGCUGCCGGUGCCCACCCUCACUCUCCAGCAACAGAAAGGAGUGUGGCAUUUAUUGUGCUCAGGGUCCCCUGCUUACCCCGGUGCCGUGUUUACCCUCUACCUGGCGGGUAACAAGAUCCCUGUUGCCUCUCACCAUGCCCCCUUCACCCACUAUCAGGCUUUCUUCCCAAUGCCUGUCCAGGAUGCUCCCUCAGCACAAUACCAGUGUCAGUACAGUGCCCUCCUGGGGAAGGAAUGGAGCAGCUCUGAGUACAGCCUCCCACUGGCUGUCUCCAUAGGAAAUACCACUACAGCUGCACCAGGUUUACCAGCUGUGGAUUGGCCUCUGGUCCUGGGCUCUUUCUCUGCUGUGGUGUUAUUCUUCUGUGCAGUGGCCUUGGUGGUGGUGGUGGCACACAGGAAAGUACAAGCAGCAGCUGAUGAAAAGAAGAAAAGGAAAGAAGCUCAGUUCUGGACUCAAGUUCAUUCCAAGGAUCAUGUUGUUGACCUCACGCUGAGACGUGACAGCUUCAGCUCUCAGGGAUGGGCCAACGAGGGCAGAUCUGCAGAGACAGCCUCCAGAUCCCCGUUAUGGAACCCUCUCUCCACAUUUACAAACCCUUAUUAAAGAUACUUUAAUACUUUAAUCUCUCUCUCUCUCUCUCUCUCUCUCUCUCUCUCUCUCUCUCUCUCUCUCUCUCUCUCUCUCUCUCUCUCACUCUCUCUCUCUCCCCUCUCUCACUUCCUCCCCCCCGCCCCCUCCAUGUGUUUACAUUUUAUUCUAGUUUUUCAAUGUAAUGUCAGAGUAACGCAGGAGGGGAGUGGAGGAUGUGUCAUAACUUCCUGUUUCAUGUGUAGCAGCAAGAGGAUAUGAUGUUUCUUUGUACCUCUGAGCCACUGAACCUUAAUGCAAUGCAAUACUUAUUUUUUCCCACAUCAUUUUGUACACAGAACUUUUGUAACAGCGUUUUGUAAUAUAACUUAUCUUUGUAAUUGUGUUGGCAUGAUUGUGACAAUUUAUUUCAUAAAUAUAUUUUGCUAAAGGCAGAUGUGCAGCACUUUGCAGCGCCCUCUAUUAUAUGCAGCUUUUAAAAUAAUUAUUUAUCUUAACCUUUUACAUAAUUCAUGUUGCCUCUGACAUUUUAAAUAUGUGCUGACUGCACAUACUAUAUACAGCGUAUGCUGGAGGGGAGGAAGCAACAUGCAUUUGCCAGCAGUUAGAUUGAGCUGUUGUCCUCUAAUGGUUCUGUAGAGGGCACCCUUUACACACAGUUUGGAUAUGAAAAAAACACACCAACAUAAAGCGUGUCAUUUAUCAAGUCUUGAUCUGUGUCAUGAUGACUUAAUCACACACUGAUAGACAAAACAGAUCCGGCAUU